AUGUCCGGAGAGGAGCUGGAGAGGGACCAGUCUUCUAAGGCCCUGUGGCUGAUGGCCUUUAGGAAGCAGCAGCUGCAGCACCGCCGUGGCCUGCUGGUCAAAGCCCGGGAGUUCAGCUCUGCACCCCCAGAGGAAAGCAUCAACACCGGGGAACUGGACACCAUCGAAGCAGAACUUAAAGAAAUAACAAGACGACAGACAGAAGUGCUCAAAAGUGGAAAACUUCAAAAGGACCCUCAUGAUGUACGACUGUUUGGAGAGACGAUUUUCCCAGAGCCAGACUAUCAUGUACUAGAGGAACCAUCACUAGAGGAACCAUCACCAGAGGCAAACGACAAUAUGACGGAACCUGAGGAAACUGAGCCACCAGAAAGCAUCGUCCAGCCAGUGGUGUCUCAGGACAAACUUCUCUGGGAUCCUGACUGGGUCACAUGCUCCACUUGCUCAAGAGUCGUUCGCACAGUCGUCAAGCACAAAGUGACUAGCACCUCCUGGAUUCUGUGUUUCACACUUUCUUCCAUUGGGUGUGUGCUUGGGUGCUGCUUCAUCCCAUUCUGUGCAAAACGAUGGAAGGACAUCAGCCAUUACUGUCCCAACUGUAACGCAAAGAUUCAUGACGUACUCAGAUUUUGAGAUGGGCUCUGGGACAAAGCUCGGCAGAGAGGUGGCGAUCAAGGCGAUUUGAUGGCUGUUGGCGAUGGGAGGCGAUCCAGUGGUCUCUGGAAGUUUUCCUGAAACAAACUGAUCGGGUGACCUAAGGACAGUGAAUGCAAAUGGCCAGUGCCUGUGAUAACUCCACCUUUGAGGACCUAGAUAAUAGGCUUCUUUGGAACACAGCAAUAACCAGAAUGCUCACGUGUACAUGUGAUUUAUGAAGGAUGAUGUGUUUUUAUGACUGGCAAUUUCCUGUUGAGUCUAUUACCUUAGUUUCAAUCCGAUGAGAGUAUGCCAUUCAGUUGAACACUCUGGAAUAACCCGUCCUUGACAUGUGCACAACAUUGAAACAAAUACAAAUGCUUAAAAAUAAAAUUGCUUGCAUCAAUGAGCAAAGAUUAGUCAUUAAUAACCUCCCCACUGUAAACUUCAGUAUCGCUUGGAACAGAAACCUUUAAGUAAACAUUUACUAUUACUUGGAAUAAUUGUGAAAUAACAAAAAUGUACAUUCUUUUGAAUGAAUGACCCUUUCUGAUGUGAUUUUAAUGUUCACAGGCUUUUGAACCGUAACGUUUUUGACGUAUUGCCAGUACUUUUUAAGUUUGGGCACACAUUUGUUCAUUAGAAAACCAUGUAUUUUGAAAUGAAUGGAUCUUUGACCUCACAGUUCUCUUUCUUUCUCAGACACAUUUC